GCCAAGUUUCCGCGUCGCAUGCUUCUGCUCUGCAGAAUACACCCUUAUACAAUGUCAUAUGGGCAGAAAUUAAGGACAACGAGUUAGAGUUGUCAUAUAUUAACCGGGGGAAGAAGGGAAAACAGUCUGCGCUGGUUCGCGCGUCUUGGAAAAUAGACGGCACUCGCAAUGAUGAAGCGAAGGCUUGGUGUGAGGCAGUCAUGGCUGAGGCAUAUAAAGGUAUUGGACGACAACGACGGCUGAGAAUAUUAGUCAACCCUCACGGUGGUCGGGGAAAAGCAAGACAGAUAUACGAGAAGACUGUCGAACCCAUCUUUCGUGCAGCUCGCUGUUCCAUCGAUACCACAUUCACAGAACGAGCGAAACAUGCGUUAGAAUUAGCCAAAGAGCUUUCACUUGAAUAUGACGCACUGGUCCUGCUGUCUGGUGAUGGUCUACUGCACGAAGUCUACAACGGCUUUUCAGAACACAAAGAUCCGUUGGGAGCUUUUGCGAUUCCCGUAGCACCUAUACCUACUGGUUCUGCAAACGGCAUGGCACUUAAUAUUUUAGGCCUCGAGGAUGGUUUUGACGUUGCAAUAGCUUGCCUAAAUGCCAUAAAAGGUAAACAGAUGAAGCAGGACAUCUUCUCAAUCACAUUGGGAGACAAGCGGGUCUUUGCCUAUUUCUCAAUCACCUUGGGUCUAAUGGCUGACCUUGACCUUGGUACCGAGCCUUUACGAUGGAUGGGUGACAUACGCUUCAUACUCGGAUACAUAUACGGAGUUUUGAAGUUGAAACCAUGUCCGUUGACACUUGAAUACAAGCUAGCCGAAUCAGAUAAGGACCGGAUGGUUGAAGAGUUCCGUACACGCAAUGAAGAGCAUUGGCUCGCUCAGCAUACGGAGGAGCUAGAGACACUUGUGCACGACGUCAGCGCAGAUGCAUUGCCUGUGCUGAUGCACUCAGAGAGUUCUCGUGAGGGAUCGGAUGAGGGUUGGAUUAAGUUUGACAAACCGCUUGUUUACUUCUACGCGGGGAGCGCACCAUAUGUAGCCCGUGAUCUAAUGCAAUUCCCUGUCGCACACGCUUCAGAUGGCUUGAUUGAUAUCGUUGCUCAAGAACUCACCUCGCGAGGAGAACUCCUUAAAGCAAUCGACGGCGCCGAGAAAGGUGUACCAUUCUGGCUAGACACUCAACACUACUUCAAAGUCCACGCCUUCCGUAUAACCCCACACGAUACCACAGGCAACCUCGCAAUCGACGGCGAACGAUACCCACUCCAGCCUUUCACCGUCGAGUGUCAUCGCGCGAUGGGGACGUUACUCUCACCCUUGGGACGGUAUGCUUGUGAGUUUGACGUGCCGAGGCCGGAGGUGAAUGUUAAGGUGAAGGGUAAGAGUAGAAAUAGGGAUGGCAAUGGGGUUGGAGGUGAACGACCGCUUGCUGAGCAGGGAGAGCAUUUGGAAGGGGAGGAUGUUGAAGCGGUUGGAGAAGGAGAGAGUGAGGAACAUGGGCCGUCGAAGAAGGGAGGACUCAGGAGUUUAUUAUGCUGUUGUUGAAUUUAUGCGGUCCGAUUUUUUUAACAUGCUUAUAGUAUUCUAUUUCAUCUUUCCGGGGUUUAUGAAUUUCUGUUCUUGACACAGGGCAAUCUUUGGAUAGAUAUCAUCCUCCCCCCCCCCUCCAAAACCAUUACCACCUUAAUAAUUUGAUAACCUUAGCUAGGCCUGUGCUGACACCAUUUGUUUGUUUGGUAGUAUAAUUCUAUGUCUUG